GGGCAGAGAGAGCCGGGGACAGGGGGAGAGAGCGAGCGUGACACAAGAGGAGGGAGAGAGGGGAGGAAGCAGGAAGAUAGACAAGGGAGGAGAGGCUGUCAUCACACAGCUCUUUUCACAGUUUUGCACACAGCUACAGCUCAGCCAAUCUGUCCGCUGCCUCUUGAUUCCGGCACGGACGACUGGUGGCUGGAUGUCAACAGCCGGAUCCGGGUGAUGAUAGCCAGGUCGGGGAUCUGGGAGAGCUAUCAGGGCCGUCCUCCUUCUUCUCCUCCACUUCUUCUCUGAUGAUCCUCAAAGUGAAAUAUUCCUGCUGAUAGAAGCUUCUCUCUGUCAAGACAGUAAGUAGGGGAGGGAGAGAGAAAGAGGGUGUGUGUGUGAGUGAGUGAGCGCGCGCGAGAGAGAGAGAGGGCGAGGGAAGAAAAAGAAGUGAAAGAUGUUAGUGCGUGUGCGACAGAGGCUGCCGAGGAACCAGCAGAUUGUGUAGCUUGAAUGUCGGUGCUGUGCGUGGACUGUAGGUUGUGGGCAUAGUGACGGCGAUGCACGGAGAAGGUCCAGGUGCCAUGUGCGGUUGGCCGGCGCUCUCCGUGGCGGUGGCAUUGCCCUGGAUUUGGCAAGCGGCUCGUCCCACUGCUUGUUCGACCGGGCACCUCUGGGGAUGUUUCAUGGGAUUUAUCUCAUCCUGCUGGAUGCUGCGGAGCCCUCUGCCUCUUUGAAAAGAGUCCACAGAGAAAACACAAAACACUACAUGGAUAACAAGUAAAAUAAUUAUCCAAUCACAGCACAAGAAGACAGAUCGGGUUCCCGUAGCAACAACCGGGCGAGAGAAGAGAUUUUUCUUUCCCCUUUUCUGCUCCUUUUUGGCUUUAUUGGGCACACCCCUGUGGACUGCCGCGAUGGGGUCAGCGUUCUGUUCGGAGAGCGCUGUUGCAUAAGUUGCCGCUCAGAUUCCAGGAGGAAGGUGGUUCUUUACGGCGAGUGUCUCUCAGAUCCCCGUCCCACUCGCGUUUGGCUUUCAAAAGCCAUUCACUCUGCUUCAACCUGGAAUAAGCCAUGCUUUGAGGGAGGCUGAAAGGACCCUCACUCUUCCACCCACCUUCCUUCCAUUCACAGGCGAGAAACGAAGGACGCUACGAUUAAGUCAUCAGCUGCAGGAAAAUGGCUGUGAAGCAAAGUUGAAUGAAUUUCUUUCCUUUUUAACCGCGGAAUCUCUUUAGUGUUGUUAGGGACAACAUUUGCAAAAAAAGAAAUAAAAUCAAAAUUCUGCCAGGAUCUUCAGAUCUAUUUUUCUACCUAUGCCCUUUUAGUACUUAGAUUGACGUCAACCCGCUUUACUGAAGAGGUUUUUGUACAGUUAGCAGGACAAACAUGCCGUCAGCGUCCAGAUUGGAUUUUUAAAUAGCAUCGCCUUGGGAAGUAUUUUGACUGUACAACUCUGACACAUGAGAUGAGUUGGCUCGACACGAUUGCGUAAGAAGCGAAAACCAGCAACCUCACAUCUUCCUUUCCCAUGGAUUUACCGCCUUUUUCCUGGUUUUUGGAUGCGUUUGCGCGAAGACAUGGAUGUCACACCGUGACCCGGUGCGGGCAGUGUGGGCGAGGCAUGGUGUUUUGGCUGCCCGGGUGCUUUUAAGAUGUUGAGGUCUCCCUGCGUGGCCGGGGCCCCUGUUUGGAUCAGUAGCACUGAGGCUCCUCGUGGCCAAAGACAUGGACCCCGACUCGGCUCCGCCACGCCCUCAACCUGUUGGCCGCUGGCCCCACUUCGCCCUGUAAAGGAUGUCCCUCAGCAGAGCUCCGGCACGGGACACCUCUGAGACCCCCAGCCCGAGAGAACGCAUCCGCAGCCACAUGAAGAUGGUGAUAGAUCAGUUGGAAGGCAUUUUGAGAGAGCUCAAGGAUGUGGCAAAGGAACUCCGGGAGGUGGUGGGCCAGAUUGACAAACUCACGUCAGACUUCGACUUUGACCUGGAACCCGAUGACUGGACGGUGGCCACAGCCAGCAGCACGUCCAGCAGCGAGCGGGGAUUAGGGGAAGCCUUCAGACUGGACUUCCUCAACGCUGAUGUGCUUUCCGACAGCUGGGAGUUCUGCAGCUACCUGGAGGCGGCGGGCGCCGCGGCCCGUCCCGCUUUUGAAAAGCCAGUCUACCUACAAACGGAGCUCGGCCAUGGGACGAUACCCACGCAGACGCAGAGCCCCACGCCACCGCCCACCACUGCCUCAGUCUACUCCCAGAUGAACGGUGGGUUGCCCAUCCCCAACGGGCCUCGCAUUAUUACUCCCGACUCCUCCAGCGAGGAGGCCAGCAGCUCCACGCACAGCCAAAAGAAUUCCCGGACCUCCGGCACGAGAGAGAGGGUUCGCUUCAGUGACAAAAUUCUCUACCACGCCUUGUGCUGCGACGACGACGACGACGACGAGGAGGAGCAGGAGUUACCGGACGACAAAAGCGGAUGCGCCACGCCGGACAGUGACAGCGAGACCCUGGAAAUGACCGCCCCGAAACGUUCCUCCUCCGAGCACUCGCUCCUCUAUAACUGUCUGGACCCUUCCUACGGCUCCUCGACGCUCAAGGUGGCGUCGGGGGCUCACACGCUACCGAGGAAAGGCCUCUUGAACCCCAGCUGCCGCAAAAAACUUCUAAGAAACAGCAGCACACAGACUGUCUCGGACAAGAGCACUCAAACUGUACUGCCCUAUAUUCCAACCAAACAGAAAACCAAGGAGCACUGAGGGAGCCCCGCUUUUGUCAUAAAGCUCAUGAAAAUGACUGUGCAUUAUUUAAUAUUAAAUACAUAGCUCAUAGAUUAAUACACAAAUGAAUUAUUAAAUAAAUAAAUGAUAUAUGGGAA